AUGGCUUUGGCCUCCAUCCAUACCUCAACAUUAUUUUCUUCUUUUCCUCUAAAAAGAUCAGUAAAUGCUUCCAUCCAUAUCCCAAAAACCAAUAAUUUCUCAGUUCCUAAAAUACCUACUAGAAACAAUAUUGAAGGAUUAACAAUUCCAUUACUACAUGGUCAAAAAAAUGUUACCAACAAUAGUAACACACAUGAUUCGUACUCUAGUUCUGAUAUCACCAUGCAACUCUAUGCUAUCUUAGAUUCUGUAUCCGAAAGAAUAGAAAUGCACAAUAACCUCAGCCAACAACGUCAGAAUUGGAACAACCUACUUCUAAACAACAUCAACAUGAUCACACUCACUGCUACAACGUUAACCGGUGUCGCCGCGGCAACUGGUGCUAUGGGAGCACAACUUCUGGCUCUUAAACUAUCAUCCACUCUUAUGUUUUCAGCAGCAACAGGUUUGCUUCUUAUCAUGAACAAGAUUCAGCCUUCGCAACUCGCUGAGGAACAACGAAACGCUACAAGAUUGUUUAAACAGCUUAGGGCUAAAAUCGAAAACGGAAUUUGGGUAGGAAAUCUAACGGAACAUGAUGUGAGGUGCUUGGUGGAGAAAGUUUUGGCUCUUGAUAAAGCUUAUCCUCUUCCUUUAUUAGGUGUUAUGCUUGAAAAGUUUCCGGCGAAAUAUGAACCUGCUGUUUGGUGGCCUGGAAAAAGAAAAGAAGGAAAUACAGCAGAAAGAAAGACGAAGAAGAGAAAUAGUAAUAAUAAUAAUAAUGGAUGGAGUGAGGAGCUUGAAAUGGAAUUGAAAGAAGUUAUUGAAGUUGUGAAGAGGAGAGACAUUGAAGAUUAUGAGAGACUUGGAAAUAUAAUGUUGAAGGUUAACAAGUGUUUAGCAAUAGCAGGUCCAUUACUCAGCGGAAUUGCAGCUAUAGGUUCUACAUUUGUAGGAAACAGUUACAUUGCGGCUAUAGUUGCUGUUAUGGCAGGUUCAUUAGGUGCUGUAGUGAAUGCUUUUGAACAUGGUGGACAAAUUGGUAUGGUGUUUGAAAUGUACAGAAACUGUGGUGGAUUCUUUAAGAUGUUGGAAGAAAGUGUCGAUGAGACGUUGGAAGAGAAAGAUUAUGAGAUGAGAGAAAAUGGAGAGUUAUUUGAAAUGAAAAUGGCUUUGAUGUUGGGAAGAAGUGUUUGUGAAAUGAGACAACUUGCUUUGAAAUCUGUUGCUUGUAGGAUGGAAGGAAUUGAGGUUGAUGAAUUUGCUAGCAAGUUGUUUUGA